AUGUCUGAUCUUGACACUCAAAUCCCUAGCCCCUUCGGUAAGCCUAGUGAAUCGAUCGACGUAUCCCAUUUUUAUUCAAAAAAAAAUAAGCACUUAAAUUUUUCGCAAUUUAUCUUGGUUGUAACAACAGAUCCUUUUGCCGAGGCAAAAGCAGAAGACUCGGGUGUCGGUUCAAAAGAAUAUGUACAUAUACGCAUACAGCAGCGUAAUGGUCGGAAAAGCCUGACAACCGUACAAGGUUUGAAGAAAGAGUUCAGCUACACUAAAAUUCUCAAAGACCUUAAGAAAGAGUUUUGCUGUAAUGGUACUGUUGUUCAGGACUCCGAGCUUGGCCAGGUUAUACAACUCCAAGGUGAUCAGAGGAAGAAUGUUUCGACAUUUCUCGUUCAGGCAGGUAUUGUGAAGAAAGACCACAUCAAGAUUCACGGUUUCUAAAUUAUCAUCGACACUCUGCCUCGGUACUUGCGUUGCUCAAGAUUUUCCGAAAAUGUUAAUAUUUUUCCUUUUCUUUAUAUAUAAAUUUUAUUUAAGAGCGUGCUUACGUUUUUGUGUAUCGUGUAUUUCGCGUCCGUAUAUAUAUGUGUGCUUAGUGCUGUAAAAAUACAUUUUUAUGGUGGUUUAAGAAAAUAGUUGAGAUAUGUUUGAAUUUCUGUUAAACUUGUGAUCAGAACAAAAUUAACAAUCACACAUGAUGUGAUUUUUCAUUUGAAAAAAAAUUAAUUAAAUGCCGUGCAUUUCAUUACAACCAAACCAGUAAUAAAGUGACACGUCAUAAUUCACAAGGAUAAGCUAAGGUAGUUGUUGUAUCAAGUCAUUUUUUUUA